AGUGCGUUGUGAAAGCCUACCGUUUCUACCGCAGGUGAGCAUGCUGAAGAACAUGGACCACCACAGGAUCAUCAAGUACCUCGACUCGUUCAUCGAGGACUCCGAGCUGGUCAUCGUCCUGGAGCUUGCGCCCCACGGCGACCUGGCGGGCCUCUGCCGGCUGCGGAAGCAGGAAGGCGGCGCGCUGGCCGAGGAGCAGGUGCUCGCGAUCUUCCUGCAGGUCUGCGACGCCCUGUGUUACAUGCAUAGGAACCGCAUGAUGCACCGCGACAUCAAGCCCGCCAACAUAUUCAUCUGUGGCCACGGGAACGUGAAGUUGGGCGACCUGGGGCUGGGCCGCUACUUCAGCGACGGCCCUGGCCGCUUGGAUCGAUACCCCAUGAUCGUUGAUACAAGCCGUGACGGCCAGACCGAGGUUACCGUGCAGGCGACAGGCGGUCCCCUCGGUCCUCGCCUCUGGCUGCCUGACUACACGUCCCCGCUCUCGGGUGCGGUCACGGCGUGCUGCGCGGCCAGCCACCCUGCCGAGCUGGCACAGCGGGAGCAGGAAGGCCCCGCGGCCUCGGGGGCAGGCGAGCGCACCUUGGCCCAGAAGAUCGCCUACCUCCUGAGCGCGGUGCGAGCUGGCAGUGGCGAGGAGAGGGCGGACACGCCACGGGCGUCGCCGGAGCGGGCGCGCGCGGCGCGCGACCCGUGUGUACCUGGCGGGGUAUAG